UAAAAACGGCAAGUUGUUCAUAAAGCUUCAUUCUUUGAAUCGAUGAGUUGACAAAUGUGGAGUUUGUUAAAAGGGUUGUGAAAAGAGAGAGGGACAGUCGGACAGAUAUUGAAAACAUAUCCAUUUCUGCAGCUCUGAGAGAGAGAGAGAGAGAGAGAGAGAGAGUUUGGUUUUAGUAAGGAGGGAGAGAGAUCUGAAAUGAUCUCCCUUCUGGAAGCUGAAUAUUAAAAUUUUGGUCUUUAGGGGAGGGAGAGAGAGAGGAACAUGUCGAUGUGCUACUAAUGGAGAAGCAUACCAGGAGAAGAUGGGGGGUGACUGGAUUAGCAGAAUGUUGAUAAUUCAGUGAACUUUUAAUUUGAAUUUCUCCAAGUCAAUGAAAGCAACAGUGUGGCUAAUCGGAUUCUCUUAAAGUAGAUUAAAAGGAAGAGAAUUUAUACAGGAGGGACAGGAAAACAAUCAUUUCAUAUCUUUCUCUCUUUCCUCUCUUACUCUCUCUCUCUCUCUCUCUUCUGGUGUGGGGAUGGGUAGAGUUCUUGCCAUUGGCAUUCUCCUUUGCAGCUUGCUGCUGCUGUUCAAUCCUUCAACUUCACAUCCUUUAUGUAUUGAUUCAAGGGCACCUUCUACUCUGAGUGAUCCACUCAAGUUUUGUCCUUACAAUGAAACUGCUUGCUGCAACUCCACUGAAGAUUCACAAAUCCAGAAGCAAUUCCAAACCAUGAACAUCUCCAAUUCUGACUGUGCUUCCCUUUUGAAAUCAGUACUUUGUGCAAGGUGUGAUCCGUUUUCGGGUGAGCUUUUUACCGUUGAUUCUGUGCCUCGCCCUGUUCCGGUUCUCUGCAACUCAACUGUUUCAUCAAAUUCAUCCCAGGCUAAAGAAGCAGUGACCAAUUUUUGCUCUGACGUAUGGGACACAUGCCAAAACGUGUCUAUUUUGAACUCGCCCUUUGCCCCUUCAUUGGGUGGAGUGCCUGCCAAGAACAAUGCUAGUGAGCUAACUGAACUUUGGCAAUCAAAAUCCAAUUUCUGCAGCGCAUUUGGCGGAGCCUCUAGUGACGAAUCAGUAUGUUUCAAUGGCGAACCUGUCACACUAAAUGAUUCGAGCACUCCCAUCCCCCCACAUGGUUUGUGCCUUGAGAAAAUUGGAAAUGGAUCUUACCUCAACAUGGUUGCUCAUCCGGAUGGCUCCAACCGUGCAUUUUUCUCGAACCAGCAAGGCAAAAUUUGGCUGGCAACAAUUCCUGAAGAGGGAUCGGGAGGAAUAAUGGAGCUUGAUGAGUCAAGUCCCUUUAUUGAUCUAACCGAUGAGGUUCAUUUCGAUACUGCAUUUGGAAUGAUGGGGAUGGUGUUUCAUCCCAAUUUCGCUCAAAAUGGCCGGUUUUUUGCUUCGUUCAACUGUGAUAAGGUUAAGUGGCCAGGAUGCACUGGAAGAUGUUCGUGUUAUUCAGAUGUCGAUUGUGAUCCAUCGAAGCUAGUUUCCGAUAAUGGUGCUCAGCCAUGCCAGUACCAAACUGUUAUCGCUGAAUAUACCGCUAAUGGUACAGCAUCCCAGCCUUCCUUGGCAACGAGUGCCAAACCAUCGGAAGUAAGGAGGAUAUUUACCAUGGGCCUUCCUUUCACAUCUCAGCAUGGAGGACAGAUACUCUUUGGACCGGAAGAUGGGUACUUAUACUUCAUGAUGGGAGAUGGUGGCGGUGUAGGAGAUCCAUACAAUUUCUCUCAAAACAAGAAGUCUUUGCUCGGAAAGAUUAUGAGGCUCGACGUUGAUAACGUACCAAGUGCCGCAGAAGUGGAUAAACUUGUUCUAUGGGGAAACUACUCCAUUCCCAAAGACAAUCCAUCCGCCGAAGAUCCAGAAUUGAGGCCGGAAAUUUGGGCUGUAGGACUAAGAAAUCCGUGGCGCUGCAGUUUCGAUUCAGAAAGGCCUUCCUACUUUAUAUGCGCAGACGUCGGGGAGAAUCUGUAUGAAGAGGUGGAUGUGAUCACCAAGGGUGGAAACUACGGCUGGCAUUUCUACGAAGGCCCGUACGAUUUCACUCCUCCAAAGUCACUUGCUGGAAACACAUCCACAAAACCUACGGGCACAAUUUUUCCCAUCAUGGGGUACAACCAUUCUGAAGUGAACAAGAAAGAAGGUUCGGCAUCCAUAACCGGGGGCUAUAUCUAUCGGUCUGAGACUGAUCCCUGCAUGUAUGGAAGGUAUGUGUAUGGAGAUUUGUACGCUGGUGCAAUAUGGGCAGGCUCCGAAGAUCCAGAAAACAGCGGGAACUUCAGCUCGAGCAAAAUCCCUUUCAGCUGCGCGCGUGACUCUCCGAUAGCUUGCAGCUCUGUCCCGGACAGUAGUCUUCCAGCUCUAGGCUACAUUUCCUCAUUCGGGGAGGACAACCGCAAGGACAUCUUCGUUCUGGCCAGCAGCGGCGUUUACAGAGUUGUUCGGCCUAGUCGGUGUGGUUACAUAUGCUCAAAGGAGAAUGCGACCGCCGGUGGUUUGCCUAAAUCUCAUGCUUGCUGGUUAAGCCACCCAUCUAAGAAUGCAGUGCUCAUGUUUUCUUCUCUAGUGUUGCUUCUCCUCGGUUUUGUCUAGUAUUUUGUAGCCUUUUGGUAUCAUGUGAUGGGGUGGAUGUUUCAUUGUUUUGUACCAUAAAAAUUUCAGAACUUUUCUUUGUAAUGAUAUGUUUUAAGUGUUAAAAUGGGAUAUUUUAUCUUUAUUUCCAGAGAAUUUUUACGUGUAUCGAUAACACUUAUCAUGUGAUGUAUCAUUUCUUAUGUUAUACGAUGGGUCUUAC